CCCCCCCCCCCCCCCCCCCCCCCCCCCCCCCCCCCCCCCCCCCCCCCCCCCCCCCCCCCCGCCCCCCCCCCCCUAAACGUAAUGAUAUUAUUUUACCAUAAUACUAAGUUUGGAUUUCUAAUAGCAUUAGCAUUAAUAUUUGUUCCAGUAUUUGUUGGUAAUUGUGUAAUUAUUAUUCUGUAUGUUAAAGUAUGCUAAAAAAAACUGAUUACAGAUGUUCCAGCGAAAUGAUAAUUUUUGGUGAACUAUAGAGUUGAAUAAUUUCUCUUUGAAAUAGUUGAACUUUUAUAUGCUUGGAUUUCAGACUGUACGUGUAGAAAAGUAUAUAUAUAUGUAUUACAUGAUUAAACAAUUUUUAAGAAAAAUAUUGUUUCUAGGAAAUUUGAUCUCAUUUUGUUAAUUUUGUCAUCAUUACAUAAUUUAAUAAUUUUUCUUGAUUAUCAAAUAUAGAAAUAGUGGACACACCAACAGAAGCAGCGAGCACACUUCCGGAUACUACUGCAUCAGAACCAACAGCCAAAUCAUUAACUUCAGUAGCAUUAGCCGAAGAAACUAUACAACGGUCUGCUAAUGCGACAGAAACUACGAGCGAAUCAUUAUUUCCUGGUGCAACAGGGUCCAGUUGUGUUCAACUGUCUCUUGGAACACCUAAUAGAUCUGAAUAUGACAUAAUGAUUGAAUAA